GGUCUGCCUUUGCCCCCGCCCACCCACCGGGCCCUGCCGCGCCGCUGCGGCUCCGCCCCCCUCCUUCCGUCAUCCGCUCGCUCCUUCCGUCGGUGGUUUCUUCCUUCCUGCCUUUCCCGACUCCUUUCGCGACAUGGGGAAGAGCCUCCUCGUCGCCAGCGCCACCUAAAGAGCUCCCGGAGCCGCCCUCCCGCCCCCGUCCCGCGAUGGAAGACGACCAGGAGCUGGAGAGAAAAAUAUCAGGAUUGAAGACCUCAAUGGCUGAAGGCGAGAGGAAGACUGCCCUGGAAAUGGUCCAGGCGGCUGGGACAGAUAGACAGUGUGUGACAUUUGUACUGCACGAGGAGGACCAUACCCUAGGAAACUCUCUGCGGUACAUAAUCAUGAAGAACCCGGAAGUGGAGUUUUGUGGUUACACUACGACCCAUCCUUCAGAGAGCAAAAUUAAUUUGCGAAUUCAGACUCGGGGUGCCCUUCCAGCCGUUGAGCCAUUUCAGAAGGGCCUCAAUGAGCUGUUGAAUAUCUGCCAGCAUGUGCUUGUCAAGUUUGAGGCCAGCAUAAAGAACUAUAAAGACCAAAAGGCAAGCAGCAACGAACCCACACUCUAGCCCCUCGUGAAGGUACACGCAGGACCACCCUCGCCGUGGUGCAGAACCCAGACCUAGAGUUUGUGAUUGCAGCAUGUUCUGUCCUGUAGAAAAGUGUGAUUCUAGCUGUUGACCCAUCUCAGCUACUGGAAUCUCUGCAAGUAUAUUUGACUAAUAAAUUCUCUCUUGGUUAACCUAC